UGAGAGUUACGCGUAUACGUCAUUGGUUGAAUCACACAUUCGCAAGUACUCUUCGGUUUAUGAAUGAUGUACCUACAACACAUACACAACUUACCAACUAGGACGAUUGUUGACGUCCUUGUUGGGGUACCAGCUGAGUCGAGAUAAAUGUCGUUGAACAGUAUCAGUAAAGAAAUGUAAUCGCAAUUGAAACUGUUUUAACCGGUCCUUUAAUUCAUCUUCAAAAUGAUUUUUUUGGUGGCACUUCUGCUAUUGGUUGCUUACGUGUAUUAUUAUUUGACUCGCAAUUUCAAUUACUGGAAUAAAAGACAGAUUGUGGGCCCUAAACCAAUUCCUUUUUUUGGAAAUAUUCAAGAUGUAGCAUUUUUUCGUUUAACGCAAGCAGAAUGCCUUCAAAAAAUCUAUCAAAACUACAAAGGCGAGAAAUACGUCGGAAUGUUUCAAUUAAGCACACCGACGUUACUUCUGUUAGAACCUGAAAUAAUAAAACAAAUUUUAGUGAAGGAUUUCCAACACUUUACCGAUAGAGGACAUCAUUAUGACGGAGAAAGAGAACCACUAACAGCAAACUUAGUUAAUUUGGAAGGAACAAAAUGGCGCAUCUUGAGACACAAAUUAACCCCAACAUUUAGUUCUGGCAAGAUUAAAAAUAUGAUGCAUCUUUUACACGACUGCGGUAAACAACUUCUGCAAUACUUACAGGAUAAUAUGAAAAAUUCAAAUGAGAUGGAAAUUGAAAUGAGAGAAUUUACAGCUAAAUUUACCACUGAUGUAAUAGGAUCGUGCGCUUUCGGAUUACAUUUCAACUCAAUGUCAAAAGAAUCGUCAGACUUUCGACGAAUGGGUCGAGAAGUUUUGCAACCUUCUAAAAUUUCCGCUCUUUCGAAACUUGUACGCGUAUUUUUUCCGGCUCUGUUCAAAAUCCUUAAUUUACGAACGUUUCCGAAAGAAGUUAACGAUUUUUUUCUCUCCAUGGUUUCGGAAACUUUGAAACAUCGUCGAACGCACAACAUCCAUCGUGAAGAUUUCUUACAAAUGUUGGCCGAUUUACGCGAAACAAAAGAUCACACAAAUCCUGAAUCCGAUCAAGAUUUUGAAGUAGAUUUGUCAGAUAAUUUGAUUGCGGCGCAAGCUUUUGUAUUCUUUUUGGCUGGAUUUGAAACAUCAUCGACAACGUUGAGCUUUUGUUUACAUGAAUUAGCUGUUAACAAAGAAAUUCAACAAAAUGUGUACGAAGAAAUAAAAACGACGGUGGAGAAAAAUGGCACAACCCUGACUUAUGAAUCUUUGAAAGAUCUAGUUCUAUUGGAACAAUGCUUAUACGAAACGAUGCGAAAAUACCCUCCAGUUCAAGCACUAGCGCGAAUAUGUACGAAAUCAUACCAGAUACCGGAAACUUCGGUUACUAUUGAUGAAGGAACUGCAGUUCUCAUUCCUGUGUACGCUUUACAUCAUGAUGAAAAAUAUUACGAAAAUCCGGAAACUUUCGACCCUCAGAGAUUCUCUAAAGAAAAUAUGAAUCAACGACAAUUUGGUAUUUAUUUACCAUUUGGCGAUGGACCACGAAUCUGUAUAGGUAAAAGAUUUGCCUUAUUGGAAAUGAAAUUAGCUCUGGCUACUUUUUUGUACAAGUAUGAAAUCAACGUUUGUUCGAAAACACGUCAUCCACUACCUUUAGAUCCUCGCGCUUUCAUAUUAGCUCCAAGAGAUGGAAUUUGGUUAAAGAUACAUCCUAGAACAAACUCGUGUCAAUUGUAGCGGAAAAUAUAAAAUUUUGAGAUCGCUCUUUUUA